AUGCCUGGCAGAAAAUCAAACCUUUCAACCGUCACAAAUGGCGAUGAGGAAUCGCCCGCACCUACUGGCCGCGCAGUCCGCGAAGGAUCAAGUGUAGAGGAUCUAGCCCUACCCCGAACUAUGAUUUCGCGGUUAGCAAAGGGCGUUCUACCACCAAACACAUCAAUUCAUAAAGAUGCUCUGCUGGCAUUGAGCAAGAGCUGUACUGUCUUUGUGAAUUUCCUGGCAUCCAAGCAAAAGACAAUCCAGCCUGCAGACGUGAUAGCAGCUCUCAAAGAAAACGAAUUCGAACACUUCAUCCCACGCCUAGAAGCAGAACUCAAGAAGUACAAUACAGUCCAAUGCGACAAACGCAACUCAUACCGCCGCAAGAUCCGUGAGGAGAAGGCGUCAAAAACAGGUGAUGACGGAAAGCCCACAGACAGCGGAGCCGAGAAUGGCGAUGCAGACGCUUCAAUGCUGGAUGCCACUGAGAUGUCUGCUAUGAACGGCCACGGCAGAAACGAUGGCGAAGAACCACCGUCAAAGAAGUUGAGACGUGAAGCUGGUGAGGAUGAUGAUGAGGAAGGCGAGGAUGAGGAAUUCCAUGAUGCUCUGGAGGGCGAGGAUGAUGAGGUUGUGGAAGAGGGCGAUGAGGAAGAUGAUGAUGAGGAGCAGGUGGAUGACGGAGUUGACGAAGAGGAAGAAAGGGUGGGUGAGGGCAUGAGGGAUGAAGCGCUGGACGAUGCCAGCGAAGACAGUGAUUAG